AUGCCCAUGUUGAUGUACCUGUCCAUAGGUGCGGUCACUGCAAGCGUCUGGCCCCCAUCUGGGAGGAACUGGCUGACGCGGCUGCUGCAGACCCCCGCCUCAGAGGACGGGUCGUGCUACUCUGGUGGACGCACCCUGGAGGCGUUUUCUACCCUCCUGACUGAGAAGGUGCAGUCGGAUGCCCAUGCCCGUGUCGAGUUGCUGGACACCUUUGCCUCCAAGUUCUUGGGGAGUGCCGAUCAGGCCGGACUCCUGGCCCAGACAGAGGAGGCGGUGCUGACUUUGACAGGUGAGGCUCAGGCCAACGGUGCCCUGUACGUGCGGUACAUGAAGAAGGCCGUGGAGAAGGGCGCGGCCUGGGUGGACACGGAGCUGGCUCGCCUGGAGAAACUGGCCUCGGGAGCAAGCGCAUCCGGUGCCAAGGUGCAAGAGCGCUCUGUGUGGGGAAGGCUCGACAUGCUGGCCAACAACGUCUACGGGGGCACCCAGACGGGGUCUGUGUAUGUGAAUGGAGCUCCACGCCAGCGCGCCGCCUUCCAGAGGCAGUCAUGCUAUGUACUGCAGAGGGAUGUCCUGCUUUCCAGCAGCACGGUUCGGGAGGCCAUCACGCUGAGCGCGCUGCUCAAGCUGCCCCAAACCAUGACCCGGGAGGAGAAGCAGGCGCGCGUGGAUGAGACCCUGGCAGAGCUGGAGCUGGAGGGGUGUCAGAACACGCUCAUCGGAGACGACCUUAUCGGCAUCAAGGGCAUCAGCGGCGGCCAGAAGCGGCGCGUCUCGGUUGGCAUCGAGCUGGUGAAGGAGCCCGGCAUCCUCUUCCUGGAUGAGCCUACCUCGGGCCUGGACUCGGAGAUGGCCGUGUCCCUCAUGACGCUGUUGGUGCGCCUGGCGCGCAAGGGCAAGACGGUGGUGGUCACCAUCCACCAGCCCAACUCGCUGAUCACGUCCAAAUUUGACGACUUCAUGCUCCUCGCCGAUGGCCGCACCGUCUUCUCCGGCGCCUGGUCGGACGCCCUGCCCUUCUUCGGCGCGGCGGGGUACCCCUGCCCCGCCUACACCAACCCCUCGGACCACUUCCUGAGUGUGCUGAAGGAGGAGGGGGCGCGGGAUAAGCUGGUGGCACAGCACGAGGCCCUGGCCGCCAAGGACCUCGAGACGGGGGAUGGCAAUCUCACCGCGCUGCCCGAGGCGCUGGCGGUGGAGGGGCGCAGCCGCAGCAUGCUGGAGCAGGAAGAGGCGGCGCAGGAGUCCCGCCCGGACGCCCCCUUCGUGAGGCAGGUGGCGCUGCUGAGUCAGCGCAUGGCGCGCAUGUGGGUCCGCAACCCCGUCAUGCUCAUGUCCGAGCUGGCGCAGUACGGCUUCCUUGCCGUGUUCAUGGGCCUAAUGUACCUGAGGCUGAACCACUCCACAACUACGGGCCUGUCCGACCGGCUGGCCUCCCUCUGGUUCGGCCUGGCCAUCCUUUCCUUCACACCCUCCUACACCGCCGUCACCAUCUGGGACAAGGACCGCUUGCUGCUCCGCCGCGAGUCCCAGCAGGGCAUGUACUCGAUCCCGGCGUGGUUCCUGGCGAGGACGCUGACCGUGACUCCCAUGCAGAUUGCCCAGACCACGCUCUUCUGCUGCAUCUCUUACUGGAUGAUUGGGUACAUUGGCCGCCCAGGGUCCUUCUUCGUCUACGUCCUGGUGUACAAUCUGUUCCAGCUGGUCAGCGAGACCAUCGGCAUGCUGUGCGCCAUGCUCACAAAGAACAGCACCUACGCCAUCCUGGUCCUUACCUUUGUCCUGCUGAUCCUGCUCAGCUUCAGCGGCUUCCUGGUGUCCAGCAUCCCGGUCUACUUCAAGUGGGUGGGCAAGAUGAGCUAUCUCACCUACGCCUACACCGCCCUGGUCCAGAACGAGACCCAGUAUCUGACCCUGUACACCCCGGAGGGCGCCCCCGUGGCGGCUUCCACCCUGGUCCCCAGCCAGAUCCAGAACGGGUUGUCCAUCGCGGUCAACUGCGUCAUCCUGGCAUGCAUCUACCUCGGCUCCAGGCUCCUGGCCCUUCUGGGACUGGUCGUCAUGUCCCGCUUCCGAUUCUUGUGA